AUGAAGUGCAAAGGUCACAGCAGAGAAAGCACCGGAGUGCGUGAAGGAAAUGAUCGGGCUGAUCAAGCAGCAAAAGAUGCAGGAGGAUACAAUGCCCAGCAGAUGGUGCAACGAGCCACUCAAGGACAGGAGGAGUUGACGACAGACACAGUAAGACAGUUGCAAGAAGCAGCAGGCGCCUACCAACAGAACGUAUGGAGCAGACAGGGAGCAAGGCAAGACAAUCAUGGGAUUUGGAGAUCUCACACAGGAAAAACAGUGGGACCUGCAAAACUCCUCAGAUCAAUCUGAAGGGAAGAGCAUGAGAAGGCUCAUGGAGGAUGGAAAAGUUUCGCAAAAUCAGUUGAGAAAGCAUGGUGGCAUCCACCCAUGUUGGACAUGGCAAGAGAGACAUCAGAGAGCUGUGAAGUGUGCAAACAAUACAACAACAAAGUGUCACUUGGAGCAGUGAUAGGCAGCUUCCCAAUACCUGACGCGCCAUUUCAAGACAUUUGCAUAGAUUUCACGGACAUGGGACAGGACAACAUAGUGGAAGGAAAAAGAUACCUGUUGGUAAUGGUUGACAGAUUCACCAGAUGGGUGGAAGCCAUCCCCACAGCAAGAGAAGACGCAAAGGCCGUGAUUAAGUGGUUGAGGAGGGACCUCAUCCCAAGGUUCGGGGUCCCGCGAAUGGUCCGUUCCAACAACGGUGCCCAUUUCAAGAAUAAACACCUGAGGGAGGUAGAGCAGGCCCUAGGAAUCACCCACAAGUUCGGGUCAGUAUACCACCCCCAAUCGCAGGGACUCGUAGAAAGAGCUAACCAAUCGUUGAAACGAAAAAUGGCCAAAAUCAUGGCCGGAACUAAACUGAAGUGGGUAGAUGCGCUGCCCCUAGCUCUAAUGUCAAUGAGAAACUCACCUGGGUCUGACACCCAUUUAACGCCCCAUGAGCUUAUGACAGGACGCAGAAUGCCAGGGCCACCAGCAGACAAUCUUAGUAUGCCUAGGCUAGAUAUUGCAAAAAUCAGACACACAGACUACAUGCAGGCGCUAAUUUCUCUUCUUGAAAGAUUGUCUAAACAGGUGGUGGAAGUGCGCACUCCUGCUGUUGAAACCACGGACGAGAACAGAGACAUCCUGGUGGGAGAUUGGGUGAGAGUGAAGGUGCAUUCCAGGAAGUGGACGGAGCAAAGGUGGGAAGGGCCCUUCCAGGUAAAAGAGGUAUCAAGCCACUCGUUGCGGGUGAACACGAGCAAGAAGGACGUGUGGUACCACAGAACACAUUGUGCCAAAGAUAUAGUUCCAGGAAGAACUCUAGAUCAAGUACAACAGGACUUGGCUGCAGAAGGGGAGGAUGUUAUGGUUAGUAGUGGGGCUGGCCCUAUGGGGAACAGUGACUUCCAGUCAGUAUCAUAA